AUGACACAGCGGGACGAUGAGGCCUGGUGGAGCAUCCAUCCUUUCCGUGGCAUGGUCAACGAUAUCCGUCGGAGAGCGCCUUACUAUGUGAGCGACUGGCUCGACGCGUGGGACUAUCGUGUUGUGCCCGCCACAGUCUUUAUGUAUUUUGCAAACAUCCUACCUGCUCUUGCUUUCUCGCUAGACAUGUUCCAGAAUACGGGAUCCAACUAUGGUGUUAACGAAGUUCUGCUGGCUUCUGUUCUCGGCUCCGUUGUCUUUUCCAUAUUUUCUGCCCAACCACUUGUCAUUGUUGGGGUAACUGGUCCCAUUACUGUGUUUAAUAGUACCGUAUAUAACAUUAUGAAACCAACUGGCGUCAACUAUCUCGGAUUCAUGGCUUGGAUAGGAAUAUGGUCUCUGAUUUUGCACUGGAUCCUUGCCAUCACAAAUUCUUGCAACUGGCUCCGCUGGGUAACACGGUUCCCCUGCGACAUCUUUGGCUUCUACGUAGCCUUCAUCUAUCUCCAAAAAGGCAUUCAAGUUCUGGAGCGUCUUGGCAGCGACAGCGCUUUCUACCUCUCCAUUGUCGCAGCGUUGCUGCUGUUUAUGGUGGCCUAUAUCUGCAGUGAACUCGGAGCCAGCAGUCUCUUCAGACACCCAAUCCGUGUCUUUUUGAAAGACUACGGAACACCACUGACUCUCAUCUUCUUUACUGGCUUUGUACACAUUGGUCGAAUGGCCGAGAUCCACCUCGCGGUGCUCCCAACCAGCAAGGCCUUUGAACCAACGGCGGACCGAGGCUGGGCUGUUAAUUUCUGGGACUUGAGUGUUGGUCAAAUUUUCACUGCGCUGCCAUUUGCCAUACUCCUGACUAUCCUAUUCUGGUUUGACCAUAAUGUAUCAUCCCUUAUUGCACAAGGAAGUGAAUUUCCCCUGAGAAAGCCGGCUGGAUUCCAUUGGGACUUCUUCCUUCUCGGCAUUACCACUGGAGUAGCUGGCAUUCUCGGACUGCCCUUCCCCAAUGGCCUGAUUCCACAAGCCCCCUUUCAUACAGAAUCCCUUUGCGUCACCAAGGCUGUCAAGCAGCUCGAUGAAAAGGGCGAGGAUAAGGGUGCGUAUACCUUUGAGACGACCCAUGUUGUUGAACAACGUGUAUCAAACUUGGCUCAGGGGCUUCUUACCCUUGGCACCAUGACUGGUCCUCUUCUUGUGGUCCUUCAUCUUGUUCCUCACGGAGUCUUGGCGGGACUCUUUUUUAUCAUGGGCGUUCAAGCCCUUCAGGCAAAUGGCAUCACAGCUAAGCUGCUCUUCCUGGCUCGCGACAAGAACCUGACGCCGGCAAAUUCCCCUCUCAAGCUAAUCAAACGCCGUAUCGCGAUAUGGAUGUUCGUCAUUAUUGAGCUCAUUGGCUUCGGUGCCACUUUCGCCAUCACACAGACCAUCGCUGCCGUCGGCUUUCCCAUUAUAAUCUUGCUCCUCAUUCCCGUGCGCGCUCUCCUCCUGCCCAGGAUCUUCCACCCAGACGAAUUGAUGGCCCUCGACGAGCCAACUGCCUCAGACUUCACCAUGGAAGGUAUCGGCGGCUCUUGGGGCGGUGGUCAAAACGAACCCCAGAGCAGCGAGGACGCACCAAUACAGAGCAGAUCCUCGUCCUCCUCGCGACGAACCAACGGUGCUAGCGACGAUGAUGCAGCCGCUCGCUAUAAAGCCCAAGAAGACCUAGCGGAGCUCGGCCAAGCCCAGAACACGCAGAAUACGAUGACUAGGAGGAGAAGCAUUGACAAGAGGGACGGUCGGCUACGCGGAGGGCGCAUACUGUCAGACACGGCAUGA